AGUAGAAAUACCAAUGUACAAUAGACCGGCCAAAGUCUUGCAAACCUUAACGUGAUCUGUAGCCGUCUAAUUAUUAAUGAAAUUUCCCUUUUAACCAAAAAGAAAAAACAUCCUAUAUAAUUAUUCCCUUUUCUUUUGCCAUAUUUCCCUUUUACAUAUAAAGCAAAUUAGGGUUCCCAAAAUUCCACAAUCCUACUUUCUCGGGUGUGUUUUCUCUCAAUUUUCUACCACAAUACAAAUUCCUCAAUCUUUCAGAUCAUUCUUAAUUCUUCCAAGUACCAAAAAGAUCCAAUUUUUAGGCGAAUUCUCCGAAACAAUGCCUCCGAAAGGUGCAAGGAAGACACCGACAGGAUCCGGAUCGAAACGGGGCAGUCGGACAGCCCGAGGGACACCUAAGUCAAAGGAAAAACAACCGGUAGAUGUACCGGAUGAACCGGUAGAAGUUGAGGAGGAGAAGAAUCAGAAGGUGGAGGUCAGACAAGAAUUGAAACUGGAACAACCGGUGGAGCCUGAGAAACCGGUGAAAUCUGACAAGAAGGACGAUGUCAAAGACUCGGUUGAUGAAUACGAAAAAGACGAGCGAUUAGAUUUAGAGGAUAAUGAUCCUGAAUUUGAGCCCGAAGAGUAUGGUGCUGUUGAUUAUGACGAGAGAGGAAUUGAACAUGAGGAUGUUCAGGAAGAGGAUUAUGAAAUAGAGGAAGAUCCCCAAGAGGGAGAUGAUGGUGAGGAGGAGGAGGGUGAUAUGGUUGAAGAGGAAGUUGAAGAUGUGCACGAGGAAGUUGAGGGUGAGGAAGACAAUGAGCAUGCUGCAGGGGAGGAGCAUGCUGACAGGGUUGAUGCAGCUGAAGAUGAAGAACAUCAUGAAGUUGCUAAAGAAAGACUUAAGAGGAAGGAAUUCGAAGUUUUUGUUGGUGGCUUGGACAAGGAUGCUGUUGAGGAUGAUCUUAGGAAAGUUUUCAGUCAAGUUGGCGAGGUCACAGAAGUGAGACUCUUGAUGAAUCCUCUGACAAAGAAGAAUAAAGGAUUUGCAUUCCUGCGUUUCGCAACAGUGGAACAAGCUAAACGAGCUUGUAUUGAGUUGAAAAAUCCAGUGGUGAACGGCAAAAAAUGUGGUGUUUCCCCUAGUCAAGACAGUGAUACUCUAUUCUUGGGUAACAUAUGCAAAUCUUGGACAAAAGAAGCUUUAAAAGACAAGUUGAAGCAUUAUGGCGUUGAUAAUGUUGAGGAUUUGACAUUGGUUGAAGACACUAAUACUGAAGGAAUGAAUCGGGGCUUUGCUUUUUUGGAGUUCUCAUCUCGCUCAGAGGCCAUGGAUGCUUUUAAACGUCUACAGAAGAGAGAUAUUGUGUUUGGAGUUGAUAGGCCUGCAAAGGUUUCUUUUGCAGAUUCAUUCAUUGACCCUGGAGAUGAAAUUAUGGCACAGGUUAAAACAAUUUUUAUUGAUGGUCUUUCUGCGUCUUGGGAUGAGGAUCGUGUGCGAGAUUUACUUAAAGAAUAUGGCAAGAUUGAAAAAAUUGAGCUAGCCCGUAAUAUGCCUUCAGCCAAGAGGAAGGAUUUUGGAUUUGUCUCCUUUGACACUCAUGAAGCUGCAGUUAUCUGUGUCAAAAGCAUUAACAAUGAAGAGUUGGGGGAAGGAGAUAAGAAGGUUAAAGUUAGGGCCAGAUUAUCACGACCACUUCAGAGGGGAAGAGGCAGAUAUGGUGCACGUGAUCUGCGACCUCGACGUGGUCCCCCUGCUCCUUGGGGUCGUCCAGUCCCUCACAGACUCCCUGUUCGUGGAUCUAGAGUUAGUCCACGUGUCCCUCACCCUGCUGAUCGUAGUUUCAAACGACCUGUCACAAUGAGGGAUAGGCGACCAGUUAUGGCUGUGGCCCCUAGGGGCCGACCUGUGGCUCCACUAUCCAGCAGGUCCUAUGACAGGAGACCACCUGUUCCCUCAUAUCCAAAGAGUAACUUCAAGAGGGAGUACGCACGACAUGAGGAAAUUCCUCCUCCUAGAAGCAGAGCUGCAGUGGACUAUCCUAGAUUUCCUUCCGACAGACGUGUCUCCUACAGGGAUGACUAUUCCUCUCGCAGCUCAGGAUACUCUGAUUUUCCGAGAGGUAGUGCUCGCACAACGACAAGGAGAGCUUAUGUUGAUGAUGGUUAUGAACAACGGUUUGAAAGGCCUCCUCCUUAUCGUGAGGGGCGAGGUAGGGAAUAUGACUCCAUGUCAGGCUCCAAACGUCCAUACAGUGCAAUGGAUGAUGUUCCUCCCCGCUAUGCUGAGGCAGGACCCCGCCCUUCUCGUUCUCGUUUGGAUUAUGAACUUGGUGGUGCUGGUGGCACACAAUAUGGGGAUUACAGUGACAGCAGUAGGCCAGGGAGAUCAAGUCUUGGAUAUAGUGGCAGCCGGGGUUCCCUUUCUGGUCAAGAUUCUCAUGGAAUGUAUAGCAGUCGUCAAGGAGGCUAUGGUGGAGGCUCCUAUGAUGGCAGUGAUGUCAGUGGAAUGUAUUCAUCCGGCUAUGGUGGCGAUUACGUGUCUCGUAGCAGUGAUGCUGCUGGUAGCUCUUACUCAUCAGUCUAUUCCAGUCGUAGCAUGGGUGGUAGUGGUUAUAUGGGAAGUGGUGGUUCUGGAUCUUAUUACUAAGAUUUGAGUUCGACAAAGAGAUUGCAAUUGGAUAUGUGUAUCUGGAAGCUCCGUAUGCAAUGGGAUCUCAUUCGAAGAAGCUGGAGUUAAUCUAUCAUUUUAACCUCAUUGUAUAAAUAGGGUAAAGAGUAUCUCAGUUUUAGGUUGUAUUGCUCCAGAAUGUUGGAUUUCUGCUGUUGGGAAAAGAGACAUCUGCUCCUUUCUUGCUGUAAGGAAAAUUGAGCUUUCUAGAGUAAACAGACACUCUGGUGUUUAAACAUGCAAUAUUUUCUUAUGGCAUCUCCGUGUAAGAUUUACUGGAAUAAUAGAGGAGGUAUGUUGCAUGAUUA